AUGUCUGUAAUCAAGAACGUCGUAGUUAUAGCUUCCACUGGAAACCUGGGUCCGCCAAUCGUGCGGGCCCUCGUCGCCGCAAACUUCAAUGUCACGGCCCUCACGCGCGGCUCAUCAGCCCCCUUCUCUUCGCCCGUCCAGGUCCACAAGGUAGACUACGAAUCGGCGUCCUCCCUCGCUGAAGUAUUCAAAGGCCAGGAUGCGGUCGUGAGCCCCAUCGCUACCGGCGGGCUCGGCAUACAGAAGAAGAUCAUUGAUGCUGCGGUCCAAGCAGGCGUGAAGCGCUUCAUCCCCAGCGAGUUCGGUAUCGACACGCGGAAUGCGGAGGGCGGGCUUGGGAAGAUCUUGAGCGCCAAGCAGGAGACUAGGGAGUAUCUGGACAAGGUUUCAAAAGAGAAUCCCGGGUUUACAUGGACGGGGAUCUCUACUAGCCUGUUUUUCGAUUGGGGCUUCAAAUGGGGGUCUCUGGGUUUCUCCCUCCCGAACAAGACUGCCACCAUUUUCGAUAGUGGUAACGAGCCUUUCCAUGCCACGAACUUGGAUACCAUCGGUGAAGCCGUCACUUCCGUCCUUUCCCCCGCCCACUUUGCUGCGACCGCGAAUCGCUAUCUUCUCAUCUCCGGUGUCACAACUACUCAAAACGCCAUCCUGUCGAUACUAGAAGAAGCUACGGGCGAGAAAUUCAAGGUGAGCCAUGUGAGCACAGAAGACAGUCUUAAGACAGCGGACGAGAAGCUCGCAAAGGGUGAUUUCUCUGCGUUUGGGGAUUAUCUGAAGGUGAGGCUGUUUAAGGAUGGAAAGGGCGCCGCGAGGACGGCGACGGCGGAAUUGGCAAACAAGGAGUUGGGGUUGAGGGAGGAUGAUGUGAGGGAGACAGUUAGGAGGGUUCUGAAGGUUUGA